UUUUUUGACACGAACCCGGGAAGUUACAGUACUUCUCAAAACUCAACACAAUAAAAUUUCAAUUAAAAUAUUAAAUUAUCUAUUUAAGCUAAACUACCCCAUAAGUAUACAGCAACUCGUAACCUAAUUUUGAAGUCGGAACUCUACAACAGCGGACACAAAUUUGUAUUAUUCAAAAGAAUCAAAACUAUAUAUCUCUGAAACCCUAGGCUACAUUUCUUGAAAUGGCGCUUAUUCAAGAUUUGAUCGGUGAAGUUCUGUGUCGUGUACCCGUUAAGCCGCUUCUUCGCUUUAGAUGCGUGUCUAAAGAUUGGUGCUCGCUUAUUGAUAGCAAUGUGUUUGCUAAGAAACAUAUUAGAACUGCUCUUGAGUUUGGUACUGGUGGUGGUCUUAUUGUUAAUGAUGAGGCUGGAAGGUGUUACGUGGUGGAUUCCGAGGGUGUUGAUGUUGGGAGUGAUGAAGCUGUUGCGGUAGGAAUAAAGGAUCCGCUGAUGUCUCUUAUCCAUGGUGCUGAAGUUCUUGGGGCUGCAAAUGGAUUAUGUUGUGUGGCAAAAAGUGAGAUGAGUAAUAUUUUACUAUUUAAUCCAAUGACCAGGAAGGGUAGGGAGAUAUUAGUUGUCCCUGCUCCCAUUUGUGGCUUUGGAUAUGAUCCUGUUAAUGAUGACUACAAGGUUGUCAAGAUUGCAGAAGGUAAGACGCAGUUUUUUGUCUUUGUUUACAGCCUCAAAACCAAUUCUUGGAAGCGGGUUCUGAAUGUUCCAAGUAAGGUUAGUUUCCUUUCGAAAUGGGGUGUGUUUGCUGGUGGAGCUCUGUAUUGGUUGGCGAGUAAGAAUCCAGGGAAGGGCUUAGAUACCAUAGUUAGUUUUGAUCUCGGACUUGAACAGUUCAAGGGGGUUCCUCUUCCCCCCGCUGAUAAUAAAAUUGUCAACACCAAUAGUAGGUUUAUGGUUCCUGUUGGAGAAUUGCUUUGUAUCUUUGAUAGCUAUCCCAAUCAUAGUAUUGACGUGUGGCUGAUGAAUAAAAACGGGUCAGAAAAUCCAUGGUACAAAGCAUUCACUGUGAAGCAACCCAGACGGCACGGUUCUGAGUUUCUUAGGCCUCUUGCUUUUUCCAAGAGUCAGACAGUUUUACUUCUGCAGGUGGGCAACACAAAACUUAUGUGGUAUGACCUUGAAAAGAAGACGUUCAAGAAUGUUGGGAUUCGUGGUAUUCGGAUGAACUUUUAUGCUUACCUAUACAAUGAGAGUCUCUUACAGCUCGCCGAGGAUAAGCCACCCCAGAAGCCAUUGCAAGACAAGACAAUUCAGAAGCCAUCUCAAGACGAGCAACAGAAGAAACAGCAGAAGAAAAGGGAUGGUUUUCUUUCCAAGGGAUUCAAUUUGAGGCUCUAAGAUACCUGGAGAUAUGGGAGAUAAGCAGACCUGUAGAUCUUUUGGAGCAGAAGAGAGUUGACCCAGGGGGCAGAUAUAUUGAUGUGCUUGGCAUAAUUUAUUGUCCCCUGUGCUUUUGUUUAUUGUUUAUUUAAACAAAACACUGUUAGAAUUUUUGAAUCAGGAAGUAACUGAUGUUUAUAUCUGAUGUUAUCUUCUGUUAGACUAAUAUUUCUGCUGGUUUGUUUGUUGAAAACAAUUACUCCCAUUGGUAUAUAUUUUGAAUAUGGACAGAGUUAUGUUGUUCA